CCUACAAAAAAAAAAAAAAAAAUCAAAAGGAGAGUAUGAAUAUCCAUUUUGAUCAAUCAGAGGAAGUAAAGUUAAGAGCAGCCUCCCCUAACCAAAACAAAAAAAAAAUUGUUAAUGGCAGCCUCAUUUGAAAAUGAUGCCUCUCAGUUCACAGAAUAAUUCAAGCUCCCCCCUUUUUAUAAUCUUCAGAAACAUCCUCCAAACCCACAAGCUGUAAUCAUCACCUUAAUCUCCCAAAGAACCAGAAAAUCCCUCCACCCCUAACCCAAACGCCCAAAAAAUGGAGCUCAUCGAGCACAAGUUCGUCGAGACCAACGGCGGAUUGAAGCUCCACGUCGCCCAAAUCGGCACAGGAGACAAAGUGGUCCUCCUGCUCCACGGCUUCCCGGAGAUAUGGUACUCGUGGCGGCACCAGAUGGCCGCCCUCGCCGGAGCGGGUUACCGGGCGAUCGCGCCCGACUACAGAGGGUACGGGUUAUCCGACCCGCCCCCGAAACCCGACGAGGCAACGUUCAUCGACUUCGCCGCCGACGUGGCGGCCAUCCUCGAUUCCCUCCAGAUCCCGAAGGCGGCGGUCGUCGCCAAGGACUUCGGCGUCUACGUCGCCUCGAGAUUCGCGUUGCUGUACCCGGAAAGAUUGCAGGGGAUGGUGACGCUGGGGAUCCCGUUCACUCCGCCCGGUCCCGGCGCGUCGGCUAUACUCGCUCUCCUCCCCGAAGGCUUCUACGCGCGCCGAUGGAUGGAGCCGGGGAGAGCUGAAGCUGAUUUCGGACGGUUUGAUGCGAAGACGGUGGUGAGGAAGAUCUACGUCCUCUUCGCCGGAACGGAGCUGCCGACGGCCGCCGUCGAUCAGGAGAUCAUGGAUUUGGUGGAGGGGUCGGCGGAUCUUCCGGAUUGGUUCACGGAGGAGGAUCUUUCGACUUAUGGCGAUUUGUAUCAGAAAUCUGGGUUCCAAACUGCGCUGAAGGUUCCCUACAGGUCGAUAGAGGAAUCGGCUGAAGUGGCAGAUUUAACCGUGAGAGUUCCGGCGAUGUUGAUCUUGGGAGAUAAAGAUUACGUGAGAAAGUCUCCGGGAUUUGAAGAUUACGCGAACGUUGGGGUGAAACAUUUCGUGCCCGAUCUGGAGAUAGUGCAUUUGAGUGAAGGGAGCCAUUUUGUUCAGGAGCAACUUCCUGAACAAGUGAACGAGCUGAUACUAGGGUUCCUCGGAGCUCGAAUUUGGUCUUGAUUUGAGUUUUCUUUUGGACGAUUUGGUUUCGUUAAUGUUAGUGCAUCUUGAUGUCAUGAAAUUCUCUUGUGUUGUACACUUUUUUUCUUCCUUUUGAUGUCUCUUUGUAACAAGAACUGUUAGUUCAUACAACUACAAAGCCACAUUUAUCAGUUCCUGAAUGUCUGACGGAUGUAAGAGGGUUUAGUUACUUAGCCAUGGAGGAAUACAAGAAAUUUUCUGGU